UCUCUCUCUCUCUCUCUCUCUCUCUCUCUCCCAUUGUAUAUUCUCUUGAAUCUUUUUUUCUCUCUUGCUGUCCACUACACAGAACUUACAAUUUCUUUCCAUGUGAGGAUUAUGCGGAUCGAAAUGUGGGGCUUUUUUUGUGUCAUCUUCCUCUGAGAUUAAUCUGAUCAAAACCUCAAAACCUCGACAAGAGUGUUGAAGAGAGGCAACUCAUUUGGGACAUAGCCAUUUGUCUCGAGCUUCACUGAGUAGCGGAGAAAGGAAACAUCUUUCUGUGAGGAUUCGCUGUUUGAGAAAUGGGUUGUGCUGCUUCAAGCAUCGAUAAGGAAGAGAAGGUUUUGGUGUGUAAGGAGAGAAAGAGGCUGAUGAAACGGUUGUUAGGGUUCAGGGGAGAAUUUGCAGACGCCCAAUUGGCUUACCUCAGAGCAUUGAGGAACACAGGUGUGACUCUCAGGCAAUUCACAGAGUCGGAGUUACUGGAGCUUGAAAACCCUAGCUAUGGAUUAUCUUUACCCUUUUCGCCUCCUCCUACAUUGCCGCCGUCCCCUCCUCCGCCUCCACCAUUUAGCCCGCCUAUCCCGAGCUCCUCGUGGAACUACUGGGACCCUUUCGAGUCAUCGGGACCAUCAAAUGGUGACAAUGUGGUUGAAUACACUGAACCAAAGUGUAGAGAACUGGCUGAGGAAGCUGAAGAGGAAUACCGGGCAGAGACAAAGACCGGGUCUGAGGAAGAAGCUUGCCUUGAUCUAAGUGUUCAAAGAACAGAAGCCACAGGUGGCAGAAAGGUUAAGUUGGAAGAAGUUACGGCCGGUAAUUCCUCCAUGGUGAGAUGGUACGGUAAAGAUUCGGAGAAAAUGACUGCGUCCGAACGUAGGAUUAGGAGGACACUGGAAGGAAUCAUCAGAGAGCUGGAUGAUUAUUUCCUGAAAGCGUCGGGUUGUGAAAAGGAGAUAGCCGUGAUUAUCGACAUCGCCACCAUGGAUGCUACCGGUCCUCCGAGGUAUAAGGAAAUCAAAAGAAAGAGGAGCAAUUCCCCGAAGGUAUUCAGUUCAUUGUCGUGGAGUUGGUCUUCUAAGUCGCUUCAAUUGUCCAGAGAUGCAAUGGAGAGCUGCCCUGUUGAACCCUGCAGGCCCGGAGCUCACUGCAGAACACUCGAGAAGUUAUACGCAGCCGAGAAAAAACUCUACGAGCAUGUUAGGAACAAAGAAAUCGCUAAAAUGGAGCACGAGAGGAAAUCUGCAUUACUGCAGAAGAAAGACGAGGAAAACCACGAUCAUGGCAAGACGGAGAAAACCCGUUUAUCUGUCGAGAGUUUGGAGGCGGACAUAAACCGCCUAGAAGAUUCCAUUAGGACAACGUGUUUGUGUUUGCAGAAACUUAUCAAUGAAGAACUGUAUCCUCAGCUUGUUGCUUUAACUUCUGGGUUGGAGCAUAUGUGGAAAACGAUGCAGAAAUGCCAUCACGUCCAAAUCCGUAUAUCUCAGCAGCUAAUCCAGCUUUCGGAUUACCCGAAUAUGGAUCUGAGUUCAGAAUACAAACGCCAAGCGGCUACUCAGCUCGAGACCGAGGUCAGUCGCUGGUACAACAGCUUCUGCAAGCUCGUGAAUUCUCAACGGGAAUACGUGAAAACGCUCUGUAAGUGGACUCAACGCACCAAUAGCCUCUCGGGGGAAGGCAGCCAUGGAAGCAGCUUGUCAGAAGCUGCUCGUAAGCUCUGUAAAGAAUGGCAGCUCGUGUUUGAUAACCUUCCGGACAAGGUAGCUUCAGACGCCAUUAAAAGCUUGCUGCUAUCUAUCCAAUCCAUAAUCCAUCAACAAGCUGAGGAAUACAGCUUGAAGAAGAAAUGCGGGAAAGUGGAGAAGAGGCUGGAGAAAGAACUGAACUCGUUAGCUGAGAUCGAAAGAAAGCUCGAAGGGACGGAAGAAACGUCGGACUCAACGAGCGGAUUAAGCUCGAAGCAUCCGUUAUCGAUAAAACGGGCAAAGAUCGAGGAAUUGAGGAAACGGAUGGAAACAGAGAAAGGAAACUACCUGAACUCGGUUGAGGCGAGCAAGAGAAUGACAAUGGAGAAUCUGAAAUCGAGCCUUCCCCUCGUCUUUCAGGCGUUGUCGGAUUUCGCAAACGCCUUUUCUCGGGGCUUCGAGGCUGUUCAUCGCCAUAUCGAGCCAGAUGUUUAUGAUGAUGAUGUUAUCCAAACAUGAUGCAUGACAAGAUGUUGAUGGUGAUAACCAUUUAUGCUACUUUCUUAUUCAUAUUGUGGAUAUGACUUCCUCAGUAACCAAACAUCCCUUCUCUCUC